GACAGCAAGGGCCAGGGGGGCAAGGGCGCAGGACCAGCGAGCAGCGCAGGACCACCAGGGGGCCAACCACCGCGCAAAGGAGGCGGCCCAAACGCCAACCAAGACGACAGCCACUCGUUCGCCCAGACGAUCACUUCGCUGCAGCGCCUGUCGCUGCGGACGGCGCAACAAGCACGGGAGCAAGCGCACCUGGCGACGGACUUCUGGCUGAUCCCUGGCUCCUGCUCGCCGUCCAGGGUAGGCCUCGCGGCGGGGCGAGAGUAUGCCACCGAGGAGUUGCGCAACAACGCCCACUCCUGCCUGGAGAAGGAAGGCUACCAGAGGGAGAUCCAGUGGAGCAUGCAGAUCCUCAACCAGUGGCUGCGCCUGGCAUUUCACGAGAAGGGGAGAGAGUUCAUUCAGGAGACCAUAGAAAUGUUCAAGAUCACGGAGGCGUACAAACCGAAGGGCCAGGAGGACGACGGGAACAGCAGG